AGACAACCCCAGAAUGAGAGCGGGGCGUUUGACGUUCGGCUGGGGCCGAUCCGUGGGGAAAACGAGAAUCUCCUUCACCCUUGACCGCGAAUUCUCAAGACAAACAAUACAUCUCUUUCGCAAUGCCAUCAUAAAUCCCUUACUUACACCGUCCAUCAUGCCUGAAAGCUCCCCGAACCGCCCAGUUCCUGGAGAACCUCCCAAUGCAAUCUUGACCGACUCCCGCCCGACAUCCGCUCACGGUGACGAUCGGGAGGCGUUGGAGCUUCAUCACAUCCAAACGCGCGAAGACGACGAGUUAGACUACUCCGACCCCUCGGCUUCGUCUGGGGAGGAGUAUCGUGUAACUACUACACAUCGUACUACCUCUCGAACUAGUACCCAAGAACGUGCAGCUGGCAAGGGCCCUUGGAGCCGGAUCCGCCGGUUCUGGUGCCGACAUGUCAUCUUGACGGUAGCUCAAAAGAGCAAUCGCGAUCAUUUUGCUUUGGAAAGGACAUUUCUGGCCUAUAUUCGCACUUCCACUUUUAUCGCUAUGCAGGGUGUGCUUAUCGCUCAACUAUUCCGCCUACAGCAGCCAAACACUGAAGUCCAUUACCUCUCAUUCCACGCGGUUGGCAUUCCACUUUCGGUCGCUUGCCACUUUGUUGCUGUUCUGGUCACCUUGAUAGGUGCUUUUCGAUUCUGGAGACAGCAAAAUGCUAUUUCCCGCGGUAAAGUGUAUGCUGGUGGAUGGGAUAUAAACUCCGUGGGAAUCUUACUCUUCAUAAUUAUUGUUGCGACAUUGGUGUUAUCUGUCGUCAUACUAAUCCAAAUUGAGCAGCAACCCGGGGCGUUGUUCAAUCGAAUACUGCGGUUAUGAUUUCUGUUCGCUGAUUACUCUAACAUUGUCAUGCUGGCAUCACAAAAGCGAGUCAAAGAAUUAUCAAAAGCAUACAGGCGGUUACUUCAUCAACUCAUAUCAAUUUAAUCAUAGUGUC